AUGGCUUCCGAGCCUUUUGCUACGCUCCAACGUCAGCCGGUGUGUGCCUUCUACUUCUUGCAAGCUUCCACGCUACUGGCUCUAUGGCUGGCUGUUAAGGCAGGUAGUGGGGUCGACUUCUUUCAGUUGAGCGAGGGCUUGGCAAACACUGCGCUGCAGCCGUCCUGGAUGCCUCGGAACAUCUUCCUGGGCCUUGUGUCCAAAUGGGUGUAUAGGCCAGCUGCCUAUGGUACCAUUCCACUUUUCUUUCUGGCCAGCUUCGUCGAGGCCAGUCCGCACGCAGCUGCCUGGGUGGUGCGACUUCUUUGCGCUCUGGCUGUAACCAUCUUUCAGCUGGGGGACAGCUGUCGGACCACCAGCCAUCGCGACUACCUGAUGGUAUACAUCUGCUGGGCUUUGGUCGUGGGGCUAAAUGCACAAGCUGUGGCCUAUGGCCUUUGCGUGCUCUACAUUCUGGGAAGUGGCCUGUCCAAGGUCAUUAUUGGAGGCUGCCGCCACUGGAUCUCCCCAUCCACGAUGAGAGCCAUCCUCCAGACUUUUGCGCAGAAGACCCCAAAGCAGGGUGGGCCCAUUCUGGGCUUUGCAAACCGCUUUAUUUGCCGCAGUGAUCUCCUUUGCGCCCUUUUGGGAUUGGCAACGUUGGUUUUCGAAUGCAUGGUUGCCCCCAGCGCCUUCUUUCUUCCGUUGCCCUGGCGCUUUCCAGUCGUUGGCAUGGGUAUGAUCAUCUUGCACCUAGGCAUUGGUGCAGUGCAGAGUGGGGCCAUUGGCGCCUUCUUCUUACCCAAUGUGGCAGCCUAUGUAGUGGGCUUUGGCGACUUUGGACCUGCGGAGCAUAGUACUGUUUGGUCAGAUUGUUCUCCAACUAACCUCGACAUGUUCUCUCCUGGGUGGUACCUCGCUAUGGCUGUGUGCUUCUUGCCGUUACUGGCUGCAAGCCUCCGCCCCACGCGGCUGAUCCCGGAGGAUUGGCCCUGGACGCCCUUUGCGCUCUUCCCAUGGAAUGCAGCCCAGUGGCGCUUCCUUCACGACUCCUUUGUGACGGGUGAUACUAGGCUGGUCGUCCUCUCCGAGUGCCCAUCCAAGCCAGAGCUCAAAGGUCUUCGUGUCAUCCCUAUUGAGCACCGCUCGGAUGUCCCUCUGAUGCAGCGCAGCAUUCGGCCUCAGAAUGAGGAAGCUGUACUCUAUGAUCUCUGGAGCCGCACCCUUGGCAUCACCACGUACCAGGACGAGCUGCUGGUGGGUGCUUUGCGAAACAGAUUUUAUGGUCAGUUGGCACAACCAUUGCUGGAAGGUGGGGUUCCGCAGUCUGGAGAAGCUGCUCGUCUCUAUGCGCUGAAGAGCAUCGUUGAUUUGACUUCCAAAUUCCUGAUCGAGACACAGCGCGUAGUCGAGCUAUCAACAGGCAUGCCUCUUACGCAAUGUUGCCUGGUGCGAGUCAACUCGAGUAAUGAGGUGCUGGAAGUGAUCAUC